UGCACAGUAAGGAAUACCGUACACACGCGUGGUGAGCCUGCAACUACCCCCUUAUUCUCCUGCUCAAAGUGAUGAACUCCGCGUAAACGUGGUAGGCUCAUGACUUUUUCUUGGUUUCCCACCAUACAGAUUACAAAGAACAGCAAGAAAGAACAUGCUUAGUUCGCACGAGAAUAGAAUCGUUCGUUCAUCCGAAAAUGGUGUGAUGUUAUUGAAAAACUUAGUUUUCUUGUGUUGAUCGAGUACAUGUAGAACAAAGACACUUUGGUCAUAUCGUUUGUUUUAUCAUCUUUCAGAAACUAAUUUUCAUUUGAUUUUCAUUUAGAUCUACAAGAUUGGUUACCAUCUUCGACUUCUUGUUCACCCUCAUUUUCAAUCUUAUCGCAGUUUCACUAAAGGUGUAAGACCACAUACACAUACACAUAAAAUGCUGGUGAUUGAAGGUCCUGAAAGGAAACGAUUUACUUGGAGGAAGCGAACAAGCGGGGGCAAUCGUGGUCGUCCUCGCACGCAGCUAGGAUUAGGAGCGUUCAUUUUGAGCUCCCCUGCUGUUUUUUCUGGCGUAGAGGUUUGUUCAGCUUCACGACCACCUUGUGGCUCGUCAGUGCCCAAUGUCACGUCAGCAUCUACUGGUAAAGCCCGUGUGCCAGGAGCUGGAACUGCGAGUUUAUCGAAAACACGUAAGCCUGCUACCCCUGCUGUAGAGCAGAACGCAUUGCUUCCUCUGCCCGAUCGCAAGGCGCGGACCACCGACAAUAGAGAAGUUUUUAGACAACUCCAUGGAUCAGGACCCCCACUGGCCGAGCAGGUUCGCAGUUUUUGGAACGGUCUGUGGUCCUCUUCGGGACAGAGGCACGCUGGGCAACUUGAAGCCGGUCGACAACCCUGGGACAGGAGCCAGGAUGAUGUUGCUCAUAUCGCGCAACACGAAAGAGGUGCUGGUGGAAGUGGGCGUUUUUACGGGGAUAACCACGGUGGUGGACGUGGAGACGUUAUCUAUUCGGCAUCGGGAAGUGCAAGUGGUGCCUCGUCGAGGGGUUCUAGUCACGGUUCUUCUGCACUUUCUUCACAAGGUCCACGAAGGAGUACCGCCAUUUGCAGUGCACACGGUGGCGACACUGAUGGCGACUUAAGCUUAAGGUUGAUGGACCUCGUUGAAUUUAUCAUUAUUCCAAAAGAUUAUAUUAUCAACCGUUGAUAUGAUCAAAAUUUUCCUCAUUCCAUGUUUUUCACGUCAGCAGAUGAACACAAACUAUUUUUCUUCGGGCUUGUUUUUGACAUCUUAGGAUAUCUAUAUUCCUGGAUGAAAUGAAUUCUUUUGAGCUCGAAUAAUCCCAGGAGAUCCAGAGAGCGAAAGCUGUCUGCAAAAGACUUCGAAGAGCAUUGGUGAUACCGGGACCACCGCAAAGCCAGAGCCAACCCCGACAGCGAAUACCGCGGAAAAGGCAGCGCCUCCUCCAGCUUUUUUGGCAGCCACUCAGGACUCGUGCUCAACAAGAAAUAAUACCGCUGGAAGCGAAGAAGAUGAUCAUCAUGGUUGUGAAACAUCGCAUAGGGAGCCAGAGAAGAAAAAUAUGAGUUCCCGACAAACUCAAAACAGUAACAUAACUCCCUGUGCAAGACAAGAAGAACAAAGACCACAGUGGCCAGAGCAUCAUUUGCUGGGCUCACAGAAGUCACUGGGCAGCGAGAAGGCCCAGCAAGAUUCAGGCAAGCGGCCAGGCGCUUUACGACGAGCAGCAGCCGAAACCGAUGAAGAAGAUGUCGCGAUGCACGAUCUAGGAAGAGCUGAAGGGGCGGCUUCACCUGGUCGCGAGCAUGGUUACGAAGCUGAACAAGGCGCAACUUCACAGGAUGCGCUAACGUCGACACAAACAUCGCUUGACACUGGUGGAGCAAGUAGUUGUAAAAAGACGGCCGCGCCGGAGCAGACGAAGAGCGAAGGCAGUGUAAUGAUGCGGGCACUCCCACGGUUGGAUGGUUAUCACUGCGGAAGAGAGGAGCAGUGUUUGGUACCGUUUCAUAAGAUAAUUGCGAGCUCUUCCGAUUCCGUCAGCGCCCACAUUUUCGCUCCGUUUGACUUUGAUACCCCAGACGGAAAAGCUGGUGAGAACGGUAGCACUUGUACCAUCGGAAACCCUCAAGAUUCAGCCACUCGUCCUGAGGUUUGGAGCACCCCCGGCCCUGCAAUUUAUUUAUCGAACCAAGACUGGAGUAGAGCAGCUGCAUCAUAUUCAUUAGGGAAGAACUUUGCGUGGUCAGAGGAGCACAGCCGGGAGGCUCAGAAAAAACGUUACGGGUCUGCUUUGGUUGUAGCAAGUGCGGAUCGAAGCGUGUGGCUCAAGUUUUUUGCAUACCUUGGAGGCUUUCGACAUGUGAAGGGGGAGACAAAAAUGACGCGCAAGGAAUGUGAGCAGUAUUGCUUUAGUCUUGCCACAUGUAAUUACUCAGUUUUUUUUCCGGAGAGCGGUGUGUGCCGACUGACUCGCAAAUGCACCCCUCAGCCAAACGACGAUAACUGGCUUUCACACAUGAGCGAGAAAGGUGAAAGGGGCGCACCCUCUUCGUCUAUGUUUAUACAAAGCACAGCCGAGGGCGCAGAGGACCUUGGAGCUGCUAUGUCUGGACCUGGAGCUACCAGCGUACCCUCUUGGCUUUAUGGCGCUCUUUCAUUCAGUCAUCUUGUUUUCAGCGAGUUCCUUUGUUUAAUGAAAUAUCAAGUCUGUGGUCUUCCUCGGUUCAUCAACAUAUUUAGUACCUAGCGGAGGUUUCGUUUUGCUGUACUUAGUUGCUUUGAAAAUAAGUAUCUAUAAGAUUUAGAAGUCUUGCGAAAAAGAUUGUGAGAUUAGCAAUUAUGCUUUGUCUCUGUAAUAAUUAGACAUAAUGAAAAGGUGCGGGGAGUAGAUCUAGAUGAAUGUGGAAGCAGCUCUAAAGUUUGGCGCAAGCGCAAGAUUCCGCUUCUCGAAGCGUCCCUUGUGGUCAGCUAGCGUCCCAGAAUACUGACGCAGACUCGCGUUAUGAGGAUCUUCCGCAGGGACUGUCUCUGGCAGAGUACGAUGAGCAAGAAUCUGAAUCAGAGAAGCUACACGAAAAAUGGGAGUCGCGCAUACACCAAGGAGCCGCAACUUACCAAACUGCAUGUGGUGAGGAUGAAAGUGACAGCGACGAACACAUCAAUACUCACGAUUUCUUAAGGCUUGUAAAAGAAUUCCAUUUCAGAUGACGAUGUGGACGAAGUGAUGCAUCCUUGAUCCCAUAUCAAGACAAAACCGACGGACUGAUGACCCAAGGGAUGGGAGCAUUUUGCGACGUGCUCUAAUGUAUGCUGCGGAUCUUGAUGGUGAUGCCUCUGACAGCGAUACGGGGUGCAGGCAAUGGGAAGAGCAGCCUCCUGAUGAAGAGUCCUCACAUCCUGCAGUUGGUGAAGAAGAAGAUGAUGAGAUAAUUAAGGCUACUAGUUUUUUACUACCCCAUGUUAACUAUGGUGCAGGGCGGGUUUCCUCUUGAUUCUAAGGGGGUUUUAAGUGGCAAAAAGGCGAAGUGAAGUCAGAGUCACUCAACCAGGCACAGUGAAAUGAAACAAGCGCUAAUAUAGAUGACAGCGGAAGCGAUAGCGGAACGUAUUUAGAAAAGAUAUGCGAUUUGCAAAAACGGAUUAGAAUAGUCUCGCAAACUAAAGACUAUGUGGAUGACAUGGAGCAAAUUCGCCUUGACAUUGAACGGCAAGAGAAUGAAGAUUAAGGCGCGACACAACAAUUCAUUUCCGUAGGACGUAGUAUUUUCUCUUACAUAUAGAUACAUUUGCACUGUUCUCUCUGCUUAAAAGCUUAUUUGCAACGGUUGCUUGUUACCUCUGAGUUGGUUACAAUGUUGAACUACAACAGAGACACACGCAUGACAUUCCUGUCCGAGGAUCAUUUUCUUCCGUUUCUUUCUUGAGAUCAUGAAGCUAUGGAGGGAAGAAGUGAACUGUUUGGGGCUCUAAGGAGGGAGGCGAAAGAAGCUGGAGCGGAGGAGAGAAACGAGAAGGCUUCUUUCUGAAGUCAAGCUCUCUGAUGGCGAACAAAUGGGAGACUACACCAGCGGAAGUGAGAAUGAGGAUGACGCAAUGGACAUCGAGGCCGAGUCCGGACCACCAGAUGGGGAUGAAAUGGAAGAAAAACGCGCUCUAUGAACUAGAUUAUCUCAACUAACGUCAAAAUUUUCUAAAUCUAAUGCUAGUUAGUUUAGAUUCACUUUCACACUUGAUCUCGAUGUGCGACGUGCACGCCGAUGUAAUUUCUAAAAUUAUUUUUGGCCUGCUUCCCAGGUAUCCUACCUCUAGGUGUCUAAUAGAUCAUUUCAAGCACUGUUCUCUCCGCUACUUCAAAGCUUAUUUUUGGAGAGAGAAUUGAGUUACUUGAGUUGCGAAGAGAUACCGAAAAGAAUAAAGGAAAAGUCAGCGCCAUUAGGUUUAAAUAACUAAGUCUGAAGCUAUUUUUGUGAAAGCUACUGAUACCGAGAGAGAAGUUCUUGUUGUCUAAGUUGCUGUGGUGAUUCCGACGAAGUUGUGACUCACCCAAGCGCCAGAUCUCGUGCCGACACAGGGGAAACGGUCGGUUAUUGGGGAGCUCCUCUUAAGCCUGGUUUCAUUAUUCAUUGAUUUCGCUAGUAAUGCUGACAGAUAUUCCUUGCCCUCCAAUAAGAAUAAUUGCAAAUUACCGCUUGGUGGCCACAACUUCGACAUAUCUUUAGUAGGCUCGUCUGAUAGUACUUGGAUUUGUUCCCAACUGGAUUCUGAUAGAUGACCAUGACAAGAAUAGGACUGGGUGAAUGAAAUGGAUCUUCGAGCUUACCUUUAAUGUCAAACAGCAAGAUCCGAAAGAGGAAGAUUUUCAUAGUGGUGAAAAAAAGGCGGAAAAUGAAGGAAAGCAAUGUUUCGAUUUCAACAGUGUAUCGACGUCAGCACGAUCGGCUAAUGGCCUAGUGUGCUACUGGGUCAAUGAUCCUGAGGAAGGUGGGCAAGAAUUAGCGGCAGAGCUAAAGGAGGCCCUGGAAAACCUCACUGAGGAUGACGGCGGUGAGAUGAAGUCUUCUCAGGCGCCAGGCGAUCUAAUGGUAGGUCGCUCGCCGCAGUUUGGUGCAGGAGGUGGGACACGAUUUCAAGCUACAGACAGUGCGGAAGUUGUAGACGGUCGCGGUGAAGGUUCAACAACACCUCUUGACGCCCCGGAGAUACUUCGUCCCCAAGGACACCGCAGAGGACAUGGUCUCAACAAAGUGCAUCAAAACAGAAGAACAACUGACAACAUCCAACUUCAGCCUUCUUCAGUUCUUAGCGGCGCUCGCCUGGUGCUGGUAAGGCGGUUGGCGUAUCUUCUUGGCGUCCUACUAGUAGCAUUGAUGACAAAAAUGUAUGGUCCUCGAAUCCUCAUGGAUGAACAUCGAGGACACGCAAUCGCAAAACAAGUAGACUUCAUCUGGAAUUGUUGGACAACGUCAACGGAGGAGCUUCUCCGAAGGACCCAGAUCGGACAUCAACUGGAAAAUGAUACGAUUAAGAAAUCAUCUCUCCCAACUUUUGGUUUUGACUCUCCAUUCUAUCACUUUCACUGCUAGUAUCACCUCCACCCUUUGUUACUGGUGUUUACCCCUCGAGUAAGUACACUAAUAGGGAGGUGACAAGGAUAAUCAUGCUACGAAUACUAGCAGUGUGCUAAAACCAAUGGCAUAAUUGAUUGAAUUCAAUUUCGUAUGCUGGUGCAUAAUCUUGUUCGUUCUAAGAACUACAGUUACGGCUCUUCACAACCAAGAACGUCUUGUGGUUGGCUGCUUCCAUCGACAGCUGAUGAUCUACAGCUGCUAGGACAAAAUGUUUCCGACGCUUCUGGCGCGUGUCGAAUGCCAAUUGCUGAUGACCACCAUGGAUUUCGACACUUUACAAGGAACUGCUGCCCAAAUCUAUAUCUCCCUUCGACUAGUGCUGCGUACACCUACACCCCUGGCACGACUGGAAGUGCUCCGUACUACAGGAGUCAGAGCACCAAUGAAAGCCCUCAAAUGGUGGAUAUCAACACGUCGCAUAAUCCAAGGACGAGCUUCCUACCGUAUAACGCAUCAGCAACAGGAGCAAGCGCAAGCAGUAGUGCAGCAGUUCGGAUUCCAUUUCCAAUACCAAAGCGUACUAGCAUGAACGCGUUGACAAGGAAAUUUGCGACUUUGGAUCUAGGGACUCAAAGUCCACGUUUAGUCGAUGAAGAAAGCCUAGAAGGUAAAGAAGAAAGCCUGGAACUUGAAGAGGACAGUGAACAGGGUAUUCCUCGUGUACCGCAAGUAGCAAAGGCAAAGGAAUCGAAAACGGAUGUUUCAAACUCGGCUUCGGCAUGUCGUGGCCAUAAAGGACCAGGACGCUCUCUGCUUUCAGCCGCACCAGGCUCAGAAAUGUCGCCUACGGUGGAUAAGCAAGUUCUUGCAGGACACCAGAGUAGCGGUUCAGACGAGUCUAUUGGGAGUCCUAGUGGACAAAACCGAAAGGCUCAACAUUAUGGCUAUACCUAAUCCAUCUUUGGAAGCAUCCUUGAAACGUAUGGGGGAGUAUCGCAAGGGAACCCUCCCCCAUACUUUUCAAGAUCAAGGAUGCACGUGCGAGAUGAAUUGCGGACAGUGCUAACAACAAGGGAAUGCUGUUCAUGGCAAUACUUCUAGGCUGAAAAGGAAUCACGCAGGUCCCAGUAAUACGGCAGACACGUCUAGGCAAAGCACUACAGCAUCUACAAGAAGAUCGCCAGUAAACAGGGGAAGAACGGGCAUACAGCAGUCUUCGCAAGCACCGAAAGCCUAUUCGCAAAGGUCGCCAUCAAGUCAACAGAAAACUUCAGAAAUUACGACAGAAAUUUAUUGCAUUCUUAUGUUACGACCCUGCUCAUUGCUGCAAUAAUCAACUGAUUUGAUCAUGUUAUUCUAGUAGUAGUUUGUUACCUCUAGCUUCUUCACCAACAAAUUAUUUGUAUUUGAUUUUUUCUCUAAAAUGACUACGACACUCCGGUCGCCUGAUAGCGGGAGAAGCUCACUGCUAAGCGGCAUGGGUCAAGUGGCUAAGAUUCUUCAGCGACGGACGGUCGAUAAUUUCGCAGCUGCUGUCGAAGGCACCGCUGCUGGAGUCGCUAUAGUAGUUAAGAAGACUGAAACUGUGGUAGUGAAAGCAGUAGUAGUUAACUAAGCAGAAGCCAGAUUUUUCCAUCCAAUGACCGAGAGAAGCAUCAUCUCCAAUGCUCUUGACUACGGAUUUUAGGUAUGAUUAAAUACACUAUUCUUGGGACAUUUGGAAUUUGGAAAAGAAAUCGUACUAUUUCUUAUUCUUCCACAAAGACCGUUUCUAACAUAGGUGGAAGUUUUGGUGCACUGGGCGAGCAAUUUCCAAUUUUGAGGCAUUUGUGGGACUUCGCAAAUCACAACAUCAGGCGGCCGGAAAGGGUAGCUGUGGCCGUUGUCGUCAUGUUUCUUGGAGCGUUUCUCCGCAUGCAGGACAAUCACAUCGGACAAGGCUGA